UGACAACCUGAGGAGGGCCAUGUGCAUCUGUUAACCUAACCGUUAAAUAUGCUUUUUAAAUAAUAAUAAUAAACCAUAAUAUAGAAUACAAACUCUGAUUGAGGGAACAAAAAGUAUUUAUUUAAGAAACACGUAACACAAUUUAAGAUGUCGAUGUUAGCUGAAAGAAAACGCAAACAAAAGUGGUCUCUGAACCCUAGAGGAAAAGAAUGGUCCCAAGAUGCAAACAAAUUUGGUCAAAAACUGUUAGAAAAAAUGGGUUGGCAAUCUGGAAAAGGUUUAGGAGCAAAAGAAGAUGGCAUUAAAGAACAUAUAAAGAUAUCGUAUAAAAAUGACAGUAAAGGUAUGGGAUACAAAGAAUCAAACGAUCAAUGGACAGAGCACGAAACCCAUUUUAGUGCCCUUUUAGAGUCAUUAACAGGCGAAGAAACAAAUUUUGAGAAAAAGGUUAUUUCACUGGAACAAAAAUCACAAACAUCAAGAGCCAGAGUGCAUUAUAAGAAGUUUACAAGAGGCAAAGAUUUGAGCCAAUACUCUGAGAAAGACUUAGCUAACAUAUUUGGAAAAAAGUCACUUAAGGAGCCAAAAAAAGAAGUUGAGGUAAAAGAAGAAUAUUGUGAUUCAAAGGAAAAUGAGAACAGUAAUGAUAUGCUAAUAAAUGCUGGUUCAAUGAGAGAUUACUUUAAAAAGAAAUUGCCAAAUUUAGGAAAAUCUAAUGGUUAUGUUGUUGGUAACAAUGGAGUUCUACAGAAACAAUCAGAAGCUGAAUCAGAGACUGAAAGUAGACCAUCUUUUGGUUUUGGUUUUAAUGGCAAAGAAGAAAAUAAUUCUGAAUCCGAAAGUGAGAUGAGACCUUCAUUUGGUUUAGGAUUUAGUUCGUCUGCAAGCUCUAAACCUAAGAAAGAAGCUUCAAAAAUGUCUUUCGUAUCAUAUGUUUCUGAAACACCUGUCAAAAGAUCAGCUGAGGAAGAGGAAGAGGUGGUACUGUCUCCUAAAAAGAAGUCCAAAAAGGAUAAACAGAAUAGUGAAGAAAGUUUAGUAGUUGGCAUAUCAAAUCCCAGUUUUAAUCCCAUGGGCACACCAGUAAAGGUUAAAAGACAUUCUUUAAACCCCAUUGAAGAAGUUUCAAAUGAAAUUGAUGAAAGUUUUAAUGUGAAAAAAAGUAAAAAUAAAAAUAAUUUAGGAUGUUCUGUAGAUAAUUUAGAGGGAAGCUCAAGAAAAAAGAAGAAAAAUAAAAAGAAUAACUCAAUAGAGACUGUUGAAGGUUCUGGUGAAGUCAUAACAAAUAAAUCUAAGAAGGUUGAACAACAUUUGGAAGGUAUUGCAAAUCCAGCCUUUGCUCCCAUGGGCACACCUGUAAAAAUACAAAGACAUUCUUUGGAUGUAAUUGAGGAGAGUAUUACCGAAAUAGAUAGCAGUAUGAAUGAUUCAAAUAGUAAGCAAAAGGGCAAAAAGAAAAAUAAUUUAUCUACUAACACAGAACAAUUACAUGAUGAAUCUGUAGAAAGUGUUAACAAAUCGAAAAGGAAAAAGAAUAAGAAUGAUGUUUGUGAGUUUAAUAAUCCUACAUUUUGUGAAAUAGAUGAAAGUACUGAGGCAGCAUAUAUUGAAAACAAUCCCUAUGAAGUAUCAACAAAGAAAUUAAAAAAAGAAAAGAAAAAGAAGAAAAAUAGAGGUAAUAAAGAUGAAACAAUUAGUACAAAUGUAGAAAUUGCAAUAGAUAAUCCAAACUUUGAUGCAACUGAAGAUAAAGACACUCUAAACUGUGUUGAAAUUGAAGAAAAUCCUUAUGAAGUGAAGGUAAAAAAGAAAAAAAAGUCGAAAAAGCUGGAAAUUGACAAUCCAAAUUUUGAUGAUACACAAGAAGAUUCAAUAAAUUUAUCUCAAAUAGAAGAAAAUCCUUAUGAAGUAAAACUAAAUAAGAAAAAAAAGAAAAAGAAAGAUAAACAGUUAGCUAUUGACAAUCCUAGUUUUGUAGAUAAUACAGAAACUCCCAUCGAUAGUGUAAAUCCAUAUGAGGUAAAACCAAAGAAAAAAAAGAAGGUAAAAAACGGAGAAUCUGGUGUAAUAAAUCCUGCUAUUGAUCUUAAUACUCCAAAAGCAGAAGAAAGUCUUGAUUUAGGUGAAGGCGAUCUUAUGCUAAAUGUUGUGUCUACUCCAGUGAGAAAGGAAGAAACCAAAACUGUUAGUUCUGUAGGUUCUGUUAGUAGGGUGGAAAGUGUAAAGAGCAGUAGAAGUGUAAGGUUUAGCGAUGUGACACAAGAGUUUAUUAUCCCAAAUAACGAAGAAUUAAAAGAAAUGUCUAAAAAGGGAAAAAAGAAAAAGAAAGGUUUAGAUAACUUCAAUUUUGAUAAACAAAAAACAAGUUUGGAUGAAAAUGUUGAUACAAUAGCAAGGACGUUGGAUGACUUUCAAGCAGAGAUUGAAAAUGAUAUAAACGAAGAAAAAACAAAGGUAAUUACAGAAGAUGAUUUGAUGAUAGGUGAAGUGGGUAAUCCACAUGGGGAAAAUGAAAAGUUACCAGAAGGGACAAAGUUGAAGUUCAAAUAUGCAAAUAUGGAAACUAAGUCACCGUUUUAUAUGCUAAAUAAAGUGGGAGCUAAGAAAUCAUAUAAACAUUUGAUCAAAGGGGACAUUUUGGUAAAAUUUAAAAAUACCAAUUUGCAUGAAGUUAAAGGAUAUGCAACAAAGAAUACAAAUAAAAUUUAGAGAUUUGUAAUUUUAUGUAUUAUGUAUAUUUAAUAAAGUUAUUAAUUUUU